CAGAGAGACUGCUGCCGGGUGCAAACCGCGGCUAGUAGUCAGUCGGCGGUCGGAGUCCGCGCGCGGCGUAUCGUGGAGCGACGAACUCGUAAUACUCGCUCGCUCGAUCGGCGACGUCGCGACGCCGCGGCUGACUCGGUGAAACGGGAGCACGUGCAGGCGUACGUACGUACGUGCAUACAUGCAUGCGUGCGUGCGUACGUACGUGCGUGCGUGUCACGGCAAGUGAAAAGUGCGCGUGUUUGUCGGACGGAAGCGCGGUGUGAUCAUCAGCAGUGAUCGAGCUCGGGUUUUCGAGCGGAGUGCCUCGGGGAUACGGCCUCGUCGACCAGGCACUCGUCUCGCCUGGACCAGUCUCGUUCUCUCGAAUCACGUCGCCGUGGGAAAUUAAUCGGGCGUGCCCGCGUGUGCGUGCAUGCGUGCCUGUGUAUGUAUGUGCGCGGGGGAGAACGCGAUCGACGAGAGUGGCUGUUUUUCCGAGUGCCGGAACUUUCCCCGGAUUCGGCGAGUGGAACUGGCGGCGGAACAGGAAACGCCGAGUGCAGCACAAGUGCUUCGCCAGGGGCGGCGCCGAGUGGAGCGAGUCCGUGCGUGCGCGGUGCUGGAUAAUAAUAAACUGUGCUGGAUAAUAAGCGUACGGCCACGUGGGAAAGCCCGACGGGACAUUAAAUGAAUGUUGUUGCGGCGGACCCUGGCGAUCGCGACGGGAAAAUCGAGGGGGCACGGCGGGAUCGCUCGAUUUAAAUUCAUAGAUGUGCGAGCGGACGAGCCGACAAUGGUGGCUCGGCUCCCGCAACAAGUUCUGCUGCUACUCGUACUCGUCACUGGAGCGUCCACGGGGGAGACCGAGGACCCGCGGUCGAGCACGUACAGCACUCGUAAGACUCGAUCCUCGCUGCCGCGAGCCUGGCCGUCCUCGAGUGUGGAGCACACCGCGAGGGAGAUCAGACCCUCGAGCGGCAAACUGCCCGAAACUACCCCUUGGAGCGUAGAUAGAUCGAGCCCCGGAACUCGAUCGGACCUGAGUUUCCUGGGGACGGUGGCGGAGAGAUCUGAAGAGGACGAAGACGGGACGAGGUUACAGCCAUCGGGGGGCAAUGACAUCGGAAGUGACGCAACCGUCGCACGCCAUAACCCGUCCAUCUCCUCAAGGAGCGGCGAAACGAGCCAGACGGAUCCGCUCAAUCGGAUUCCCAUCGAGUCACCAUCCGCGCGGUUCUCGACGAUUGGCCAUCGCGCCGGGACCUCGCCGGCUCCUGCAGGCUCUCACGACAUAGUGCCGAUGCCCGAGAAGCUCUCGCGCGGGAACUCGCAGAGCACGACGCCCAAGACGAUGUCCUCGAAAAACAUCGGGAUGCCACGACGCCAAAUGAGGCACGUGCCAGACAUCUGCGAGAAGUUUCAAAUCGGGGACGAGGUGAAGAGGGAAUUUUACAGCCCCAAUUAUCCCGAGGCGUAUCCAAACCAAACCGAUUGCGUUCGAGUCUUAGAAGCUGACAAAGGUAUGCUGGUAAAGCUCGACUUUCGGGACGAAUUCAAGCUCGAGGACAGUCCGGGCUGCCGUUUCGAUUUCCUCGAGGUACGUGACGGCCAGCAUAGCUUCUCCAACCUCCUCGGUAACUUCUGCGGACCGAAUUUCCCUCCCGAGAUCACCUCAAAGACGCGAUACCUCUGGCUGCGAUUUCACAGCGACGAGAACAUCGAGGGCAAGGGCUUCAAGGCCGUGUGGAGCAUGAUACCGAGGCCGACUUAUCCGGGCGUGCCACCGGACCCGGAAGAGUGCAUACUUAACAUGACGGGUACGCAGGCGAUCAUUAAAAGCGACGACGUGCAAAACAUAAGGAUCCGGGCUGAGAAAGAGGGACUUCCAUUGGACUGCCUGUGGGUCAUUCAAGUGCAGGAAAAGUGGAAGAUCCAGCUGUCGUUCGACUCUUUCAAGCUCCAGCGGCCUAACGAGUGCGACGCCAACUUUGUAGACAUCUUUAGGGAACACACCGAAAUCGCACACAUGAAAUCGCAUGAGAGGAAUUUUUGCAGCAGCAUCGCCGAAACCGUCGUUGUCCCGUUCCACAUUGCUUACGUGAGAUUCUACGCGGAACCAAAGGCCAUGAACAGUUGCUUCGAGGCGGUGAUGACUGCCAUCAGAGACAAGGAAAGUGGUGAGAAAUCCUGUCUGGAGAACGAAUACGAUUGUGAGGACGCGACAUGUAUCGCCGCGGAAUUGGAGUGCAACGGGAAGGUGAACUGCCGUUUCCGGUGGGACGAGGACGACGCCAAGUGUGACGAGCACAUAAGGCAGUCCAGGGAGAACCGCUUGGACGAGCUGGGUCGGAAAGCAACGCCAUGCCCAAUCUCGACGUCCAGAACGGAUCUGCGCGAUCGCGGCAGCGAGUCGUCGAGCCUGGAAGUCCUGCCUAGCAAGGAGCUCAUGCCGACCACAAUGAUAACUCAAGAGUACACCAAGGACCUAGUCCUCGAGAUGGCUUACAACGGGGGCGAGAUCACCGACAUCCACCAGAGCAAUAACGUGAGCAACGCCACUCAGGAGCGACUGCAGGAAUCCAGCGAGGAGCCGGAGAUGCGCGACAAUUGCUGCCAGACCAGAGAGAGCCUGUUUGAGCCGCGAAUACCGGACGCUGUGAUGCCGUUGGGCUUCACGACGUUUGGAGUACGCGCUCCCAGCUCCCAGAACGGGACCAAUCAUCACCUUCAUCAUCAUCACCAUCAUCACCAUCAUCUCCAGCAGUCGCAGCCGCAGUCGCAACAGCAGAGUCCGCAGCGAUCUCACCCGAGCAUCCAAUCGUCGCAGCCGAGCUUGCAGUCGUCGCAAGUUUUACAGCAGCAGAGCGCCUCGCAGUGCUCCGGUUGCAGCCCAGCAUCCCGCGGACGAGACGGCAGCAUGGGUGUCUGUCCGAAGCACAAUCCGAUACCAGCUCCACCAGGUUGGGCCACGCACGAGUCCAGCUUUCCGUUGCCGCAGCAGGCUCAGUACCCGGAGCAGCUGGAUUACCCGUCUUACCAGCGGUACCAGAGCCCCAAGCCUAGCAGGGAACCAAGUGGCGUGUAUCGACAAUCGCCCAAAUUCGCGCGACAGCCCACCGUGGGCUCCGGAGAGAGAUACGGUAGCUCCAUGUAUGGUUCCGGUCACGGUUCCAGCAACACUACAUCCAGCACGUCGCAGCACUCGUCGUCGGGCACGUCGAGUGGUAAACGCCAGCAAGGGCAGCUCGCGACGACGGCGGAUCCUCGGUAUCGGGCGGAAGCGGUGAUCGAGGUGGACCAACGGCGACCGUUCAGCAUAGAGAGCACGAAGAGUGCGCCAGACGUGAUCGCGACGCACUGACGCCGGGGUCCUGGGGAUUGGGAGCCCUACAAGAGACGCCAUCCCCGUCAAAAUACCUCGGCGGCGGUGCACAGCGAGAGCGGCAGCACCGGCAAGGUGACAGUCGCCACGCAGAGCUCCCUCGACGACGACGCCUCGACGUGCUCCACCGUCGACGCCAACUCCUCCUCCUGAUCCACGUGUUGCGACGCGCUCGAUCGCGCGCGAUCGAGCGAGCAAUCGCCCGCGACGAACGGCGAUAAGCGUGGCUGCGGAGAGUCAUCGGGGACCGGCCGGAUCGAAGACAGACACGUCGAGGAAAUUAUCGGCGACUCGGUCAGAUCAGAGGGAGGCGACGCGUCCAGCUCCAAUUCAACCAGCAUCGUGAAUGCAGAAUCUCGAUGCUUGGACGGCGCUUCCGUGUUCCAGUCGACGAGUCGUGUCACCGUUCGACCGAACACUCCGGCUGACUCGCCACCAAUCUCGAAGACUCGAGCACGACCCGAGGCGGCUCUGAAGCUGCACGAUCUGCCGAUCCUGCGGCCGCCGGAAGGUUUUCGAGUACCUGUGUUUAGAUGCAGGACGCCGUCUCUGUCCUGGCAGCACUGCGGGUGUCCGUCGCAUACGCACCUGCCGCCGCGACGACCAUCGAUCAGCCGCAGUGCCUUCGAGAGUUGCAACACGGUCUCCAUGUACCGCACUUGGCCUAAUCUGGCCGCGAGGAGAUUUGGACGACCCUCAAGGAGAACGGUCGGCACUCAGAGCUCGCUGGACGGCGCCAGAUCGUCGCUGGGCGUUCUCCGAUGCGUCGUCAGGUCGAUCGACAUGACAGAGAGAUCGCUGGACCAGGAAAUCGGAGUUUCUAUACCUUUCUAACGUUUCCGCGAGCUUUGAUUGAGGGAUGACAGCCAGAAUUGUACAUCAAUUUUGUUGUAUAUCAAUCAAUGUAUAUAGCCAUCACGUUUCUGUCGAUGCGUUAUUAGUGCGAUCCAGAUAGAAAGACUGCGGUCGAACGCAAUCGGAACACGUGUUCCCUAGAGGAAAGAGAACCUCAUCGCGAUCCACCGAACGGUCCAGGUAGAGGCGUCAUCUCGCGACAUUGCGUGAACGGAAGUAAUCCUCUCACGCGAACCGUGCAUUUUACCACGCGAACAUCGUGGACGACAAUCGCUGCCUUUCGCGCUUUCCCGCCGCGAUGAAUGAAUGAGUCGCGAAACAGAGAAGAAAAGAAGAAACCCGGAUCAUAGCUUAGACCUCGGGUCAAUAUUUAAACGCGAUUUAAUCGCUCGAGACACUCGUGGUACAUAGAGAGCAGAAGUGGUAGAGAGAAAGACGCGCUGUCAAUUCCAUGAGGGGAUGAAGGCUUUUACUCAUAAAUUUGCACUUCUGAAAAAGUUUAAGGUACAGUUAUUUUACAAUAAUUGUUUUCUUCGGUAAAUGAUUUUAGCACGCUUAACAUUGAUUCAAAUUAUCAUGCUAACGGGAUCAAUGUUGCCGGGAAUUAAGAGGGAUUUAUACUUUAAAAUGCAAGCUACAACUCGUUUCGAAUGUAUUAAAUCAAAACCUCGUUAUUUCCUCGGCCGGCUGGUUGUCUUCGUUUUUCCUCAUUACAGUGCGAGGUAACGCCUGCUGCUGCAAUUUUACCGCGUCGUUUUUCUUCCGAGCGGCUGAAUAGUUUCCUGAUGCUUGCGACCGGGCAACGUAGUGAGAGACAAUGUACGCCUCAUCGAUGCUGCUUAUCGAUUUUUCCGAAAUCACGCAGGCUUAAUGGAACGUAACAUAUCGGCAACGAAACUUCAUUCGUCCCUGUACACCGCGGCACCGUUCGGGAACAGAGGCGGGCACCGGGAACUAUUAAUCACGUCAAUCGAAGAGGAAAACAAACUUCCACGAGACGAUCUCUCCCUGCUUAGCCGCGGCAAAAGAAGCGAGAAAAGUGGCCGGCGUAGUUUCCUCCCGCGCGAGCCGUCAGAAGCGACUAAUUAUUUUCGAUCAGUUCAGACACACCUCGCCCCGCAAAUUGUCGGCGCCCGUCCGAGAACCCGAGAAAGAAACCUGAGGCGAACACUCGAUAAAGCCAUCGGAUUCAUAGAACAACGUGCCACGCGGCGCGUAUUCCCGUCACGUCGCUCGACUGUAUGCGUUCGCGAAACGAUACUUCUUCUUUAACAACUUUAACGGCGUGCUCUGGAACGUUUCCCGAUUUAUUUUUCCUAAAACCACCGCGUGGUCGCGUCAGGCCGGGAUUAACGUUACGAAAAGAAGCGAUUCUCGUAGAACCAACUUUAUGGCAGAUGCGCAUUCAUGUCCCGCAUGCGAUUCUGUAUGUACCAAUUGAGUCGCGGCGCCAGAUAGAUAGACGUGCGGAGUUUCGAUCUUCGUUCUAGUACUCGAUACUUCGCGAAAUGCGACCAGCAUUCGAUCGACGCCCCCAGAGACGCGAUCGCGACGCUGAUGAUGUUAGGCGAACUAUUUUUCCACAUGAUGAUUCCUGCGGAAACGUGCGGAUCUGUGCGCGCUCGGUCAGCAGGCGGUUCAAGAAAUGUGCAUUUGUGGUACACAUUUGUAACACACAUAUAUACACACACAGAGGUGCACGCACGCACGCACGCACGCCUGAUCGCGAUCGGAUCUGCAUUUCGGAUCGGUUGGCUUGAGGCUGUCCACUGCGAGCGCAAUAUUUCCAUCGACGACACGGGAGGCGCAAAUAUCCCUUUAACCGAAUUACCUGCAUAAAAUCGAUAGUGUUACGUUUAUUUAACGGAUGCCGCGGGCGACGUCUGGAAUCACACACACCGUCGGGUAAACGCGAACCGCUAAUUUUCUUUUUGUCCUUUAGAUCUUUUGGAUUGUACGCUGUAUUCCUGUGGCUAAUUUCUUUUUAACGAGCGACGCCAGUCGUUUAUCUCUGUCUGAUUUAUAAUCGAGUCGAUGAGCAGAACAGCGGUAUAAAUCAGAAGCUUAACUACGAGGCACAUGUAAUGCAUAAAUGCAUAAUUUAUUUACUUAACAUAUGAUUUUUUAGGCUGUAGUUAAAUACUAUAAUUGAAGUUUAUUAUAGAAGUCUUUUCAAGUUAUUUAUCUUUUCUUCAAACUUGAACAGAUAUGAUUUAUACUACUAUUUCAUAUUUAAUACAUCGAUUACAUUUCACAUUUUAUGCUGCCUUUAUUGUAUAACCUGCUAGGUAUUUUUAUUUAUCAUAUAUAAUUAUUUAUACUUAUUUAUAAUUUCUUUACGUAAGGUAAAUGCUCCAUAAUUGUAGCUUUAAGCGAAAACUCAAAAUAAUUAACAUGUUAUCGAUAAAAGUCCAAAUUUCCUGAUUUAGAAUACAAUUGUUAUUUGUUACCAGCAUCGUUACUGUUGUUAGCAGUUAUCAGAAAAAGAAAUGGAGAGACAAUUGUACAUGGGUGUCAUAUAUGCACGUAUGUGUGUGUUGUGUGCACGCGCGUGCGUAUGUGUGCCACGAUCAAAUCUGAUGCGAAUGAAUCAAAAUCUUCAUCGGAAGAAUCAAGUUCCCACGUCGUUACGAGGAAGCGUGAGCGAUUUGUACAUAUGUAUAGCCGUACAUAUCCGACGCAGCAGUAUUAUCGGCGAUGACUAUGUGCUGUAUACGAGCGCAGUUUGUACCCCCCUUCGUGUCUCUCUCUGAGCCUCCCAGCACAGUCGCAUAAACGGGGUGCAACGCGCCGCGAAGAGAUCAGAAAGGGGUAGACCAUGCGUGUGCGGACCGUUGUAUCCUCACAACUGGAUCGCUGAUUAAAUUAGUCAAUUAAAUGCCGAUCAGGAGCGUGCGCGAAAUCGUCGCGACUAUCGAUCGGGAAAGCCGCGUUCUCACUGAUGCGCACGAAAUCUCUUGGACAGAGGAAAAGGAAGAUUCAGGAUCCAGGAUCCAGGAAGCUGAUCGAGCACACGAGAUCUUCGCUUGUGAGUACAGACCACGUGCGAGCGCGUGUUUUACGCGCUAAACGGAAUGUACAGUGUGUACACAUUUGUAUAUAUACGAAGUUAUCCACAACCCGCGACUAUGGAGAAGUUACAAACGCACGAGACGAAUUCUACAAAUAUAGUACUUUUAAAA